AUGAACUGCUUCCUGCCCACAAUAGCUGCCGACUUCGGGAAGUAUUUGGUGUGCUACCGCCUGCAGCGAGAUGACGCCUCCGGGCUCCAGGGCCUCCGCUGCCCUUUCCUUCCUGGAAGUGCCGGGCUGGCCAGUGCGACGCAGGUGGUGGGGGGCCUGAUUCUAUUCAUGGUCGCCGCUCUUUGGACAUGGCUCAGCCUUUCCAGAUCCGACGAGGAUCCCAAACCCAGCCACGUGGUCUUCCUCACCAGCAAGUACCAGCGCAGAUACGCGCUCUUCGAGACGGAGCGUUUGAUCAGGAAGACGCUCUUCACUUUCAUCGGCGCCUUGCUGCCCAUCCACUCCUCGCCAGCGUUGCAAAUGGGCUGCCUAGGCAUUGUGGUGUUGGUGUCGCUGUUUCUGUACUGCCGCUACAAGCCUUACCACUCGCCGGAGUGGAACUGGAUCGAAAUCUGGUUGCUCUUCGCUGCAGCGGUGAUGAUCACAAGUGUGUCCACUUUGCUUGCAAAUGAGUUCCACUGGGGGCACUCGGUACCCACUCAGCAGUCGAUCAUCUUCGCAACUGCAGGCAUUGCGGCAGUGGCAAGUGCCAUCAUGGUUUUUCGAGUGAUCCAAGAGCUGGUCCGGGAACAGAGGCAAGCAGCCAAGUGA